ACAUAAUAAUAUUAAAAAAAAAACAGCAGGAGCCUUCAAUCUUAUCCAAAACAGUGAGCCUGCCACUCUCUCUUUUUUCUCUCUCCUUUAAAUACGACUCCCAGCAGUUGAUGUUCCUCUCCAUCAAGUUUUCAAUCAAAGAAGUGAGAUCCUCGAAAGUACAAACCAACUUCAGUUUUUUCCCAAAAGUGUCUCAAAAAUCAAGAGUCGGAGAUGUCGGAUAUAGCUAUGUUGGUGGCGGAGGAGUAUGAGAGGAGGGUGAAGAAUGCAAGGCAAGCUGGUGGUGCUGAAAGUGGGUUUGAGAUUGACAUGUCUUCUUGUGCUUCUGUCUUGGCUCGGAGCCUCAAGAUGAAGAUUGCUGGACUGGGGAAAUUGGAGCUUCUUGACUGGGUUCGGGAGCCCAGAACCCAGAUUAGUCUUGCUGCUUCUACUGGUUUCUUCUCUGCUUAAAUUCCCCCCCCCCCCCCCCCCUCCCCCUCUUAUUUAUAAAAAAAAAAAAAUGUCUUUUUCUUGAAGAUCAUCUGUACAUGAAUUCCAAUUUCCUUGUUUCUGUACAUCUUUAUAUUAUAAUCGAAGCCCGAAAAGGGUUCGUUGUUAA